AUGGGCGCUAUCAGGAUACUUCUCCCACGACCAUCGCCGCUGUCGCUUCGCGAAAGCUUCGAUGCCAUCAACAGCUGCCUGCAGCGACUAGUGGCUGAGAGCAACAGCAAAGCAGAGGCUGCCAAGUCGCUCAGCACACUUGCGAUGGUCCUCCGUAACUUGCUGAACGAUCCCAGCUCCGAGAAGAAUCGAAAGGUCAACACUUCCAGCACUCGAUUUAGCGAGAUCUUCCGGAACAACAGUGCAGCUGCCGAACUGCUCAAACUUGCAGGGUUCCAGUUUCAGCAUCCAAACUUUGUCUUUGGUGACAACGGCCAGAGCACAGAGGGGGCACAGCGCACCUUGGACCUUCUUCAAGAAGCCCAGCGGAACCUGGACCAAACAUGGACAUCCAAACCACCCGGUGCACCUGGCACGUUAGCUGGAAGCGCUCCUCCUGGUGCCCCUGCCACCCCUGAGGAGGAGGCUCGUGCCCCAACAGGCGCGGCCCAAGCGGUCACCACGGCCCCAGCCGGCCCGGCCACAACGGUCCCAGCCCCAGCAGCCUCGGUCGCAGCAGCGCGGCCCUGGGCACGUGCGUCGGCAGCACAACAAUGGGCAAGCCAAGCCCGAGAUAUCGGAAGUGAAGAAGCCGGAGGCCUGCAAGCAGGCCUGCCCUCCUCCGGGAGCGCUGGCUCGGUCCCGACAGACAGGCCAACACCAUCACCGACACCUGCACACCCUGCAGAGACCCUGCCCAGCGUGCCACCUCCUAAUCCCCCCAUAGCUCAUCCUGCAGAAGCCUCUGGCCCUGCAACAGCUCCCGCUCACCACACAGGUCCCCAGAUGCAUUUGCCUAUCGCCCAUCCAGCGCAGGCAGCUGUCGUGACAGCCGCACACCCAGCAGAAGGCAUGACACAGCCACAGCCACAACAGCCACAGCCACAGCCUGCAGCCCAUCCUGCAGAAGCUCAAGCAGCACACCCAGCAGAAUCGCAGAACCUGCCAGCUGCACGUCCGGCAGAGACGCACGCCGCCCAUCCAGCGGAAGUGCCGCAGAUGGCUCAUCCGGCAGAGUCCACACUGGCCACACACGAGGCACCAGCCGACACUGGAGCCUCUGAGGAGCCUCAAAGCGGUGGUUGA